CUCGGGGCGGAGCCGGCGGGCAGCGCUCGGCGGAACGGGGAGAGCGGCGGAGAGCGGCGGAGCCCCGGCACCGGUAUGAGCUUCCCGCGGCCCCUGCGCCGCUCCGUGAGCCUCAGCCCGGGCCGGACCCUGCGCCUCGUCGUGCUGGGGCAGAGCGCCGUGGGCAAGACAGCACUGACUGUGAGAUUCAUCACCAGGAGAUUCAUUGGAGACUACGACCCGACCCUAGAGAUGAUCUACAGGCAUGUGGCCAUCAUGGAUGGGGAGAUGGUGCACUUUGAGAUCCUCGACACAGCUGGCCAGGAGGAGGAUUCCCUGCAGAUAGAGGAGAAGAUCAAGUGGGGAGAUGGCUUCGCAGUGGUCUACUCGGUGACAGACAGGUGCAGCUUCGACGAGGUCAUGAGGCUGUGCUUCCUCAUCAACCACAUCCACUCCAGCCCCAAGAGGAGCAGCGGCGGGGAGCAGCCCCCUGUGGUCAUCGUGGGCAACAAGAAGGACUUGCAGUUUGACAGGAUGGUGUCCACAGAGGACGGUGAAAACCUCUCCAAAGCCUUGAAGCUUCCCUUCUAUGAGAUCUCCACCCGGGACAGCUACGAAGAGACCGUGGCAGUGUUCAGCAGCCUCUACCAGGAGCUCAUGAGGCAGGGGCAUUUCUCCCCGGGCUCCUUCAAGAGGAGGACAGUGUCGAAGCUGAUGGAGAAGAUCCCUAAGAUGCAAGCCAGCUCCACCUUGAACUCGGCGGGCCGCAGCCUCAGCUUUAACUCCUUCAGGGACUAUAUCCCCGAGUGAGCAUCCCCAGAGCCAGGAGGGACAGGCUGUCCUGCUGCUCCAGCCCCCGCGCUGAGAGGCAGCUCAUGGGGCUCUGCCAGCUCCAGCAGGGGAACGUCCUGAGGUGGGGAGGGGGGGAUGGGGGUGCAAGAGCCUUUUAAAGCCCUUAAGUUCUCACAGUCGGGCUUUGUGCCAGCAGGGAAGGUGUUCUUCAUCCCUGGGCUCCCUCUUCCUCCUCCUGUAGCAAAGGGGACUUCUCUCGUGUUGGGUCAACCCUCGGAGGCUCAGAAGUGUUCUGGCAGGGCUCAGACCCAGCACAGCUACACCUGUCUGUGAUUUCCCACUCCCCUAAAAACACUUGCUGGUUCUGUUUGUGCCCCCCACCAUGCCAGGGUGACCCCAAGGCUCACGCUGGCUCCUGGGCUCUCAUCAGCCACGCCUGUCCUGGGGAACACACAGCCAUCAGUGUCACCGAGGGGAGUUGUGUGUCUGGGGGGUGAUGGCGUUUUGGGGGGGCUGUAAAAUGCCCUGGCUUCUCCAAAAUCCCCCAGCCUGGCUGGCUGCUUUGAGGGAUGGUCGCUGCUCACAUCCACCCCUCAGGGCCCCCAGACCCACUCACCAUGUGGGUUGAUAGUGGCAGAGGGCUGUGUCCCCCCUGCCCUCACUGUGUCCCUCCCUGGAGAGCCAGGCCAGCCUGUCUGCCCACUUGCAGCCACCAGUGUCCAGGGCUGCAUUUCCAUCCUGGUUGUGUUCAGGUUUGUGAAGUGAAGUCACUGCAGAGGGGUAGACCCUGCACACCCUCAGCCCCCAGGAGCUACAGAACCAAGCUCUGCCCCAGCCCUUUCCCUGUGCUGCUGUCCUGACAUCAAGGGCAGGUCUGAAAUCAGAGCAGGGCUGGGGCACAGCCUUUUCAUCCCCAGCUUUGCUAAAACCUCACUUCUGAGCAUUUUGGGGUCUUUGGCCUGCCCUUCUCCAGUGCCACCAAGAGCAGCCCUGGGCACAGUAGCACAGGCAGCAGAUGCAUGCUCUGUGCUCUUGCAGAGCUUCUGCCCCUGAUUUUCCACCUGCACCUCACUCCAAGGGGAGGCAAAUCCACCAGGCAGGGGCUUCUCUGGCACAGGCUGGGACCUCAGGCUGAGCUGUGGCUUCUCCAUCCUAAGGGAGCAGGGCUCCUGGGGCAGCUCUUCCCCUGGUCACUGUUGUGCUGUGCUGGGUGCCACGCUGAAGCAUGGGUGCAAGUGAGCUGUUGGUGGAAGUGCAAAUGGUGCUCCUUGCAGGAGCAUCUUAGCUGCCCUGUCCCCAGAGGGAAAGUCCCUGUGGCCAGAGAACUUGCCCUGAACAGAGACAGGGCGGGAGCAGAGCAUGCAGCUGGUGGCAUCUUCUCCCUGUGGCUUCCUCCCCCUCCUGAUGCAGCUGGAGGUGAAUGUGCUGGCAUCACACACCUGUGCCCCCCUGCAGUGACCUGUUACAGAACCACAGACUGCUUGGGUUGGAAGGGACCCUGCAGAUCAUCCAGUUCCAACACCCCUGCCCUGGGCAGGAGCACCUCCUCAUCCUGCGUCUGCUGCGCUGUCCUGUGACAAUAAAACCUGAGCUGGCCCCUGCC